UGUGUCAGUCACCAUGGUGGCAUACAACAGAGCACAGCGGCGGCGGACCUAUCUCCACUUUUAGACCUAUUAAAAAUGUUAAUAUACUGAAUUUCCUCAGUGAGUGUACUCGGCUCUACCUCUCAUAAUGGACGCCAGGUUGUUGUUGACGGGAUAGCCGUUAGCCGCUAGCUUACUUUUUUGUGUUUGCUGGGCUCCUGCAUGUAAUUUCUUUCCGUCGCUAGCAGAAUGCUGAAGAGACAAGGAAUGGCUUUGAUGAACGCUGCCUUGAAUAAAGGGACAUUUUUCACCAUAAAGAAAUAACUCCGACGAGACAGUUUGAGCCAAGCUUUUUCCAAGAAGUUUCCUCUCGGCGGGACCCGGUGGUUGGCAGCCGGUUUCGGGCUCGGGCAACAGAAAGACAGACACCCCCGAGGAGACUGCUCGGCUGUCUGGCUCCAGUCGUGGCCUGGCUCCGGGCACUCCCAGCUUAUCCGCUAGCAUCGGACCACAGGCGACAAGAAUAAAGGAAGACACCAAGGGGGGCUUCUUUUGUUUAUAUCCGUGGAGCUGGAUAUUCUUAACAUUAAUUUAGGAUAAGGAAUUCAGUAUCCUCCAGACGGCGUCUUCCAAAACAAUGGCGUCUUAUGUGGAUAACAGCUUUCGGCAGGCUGUGAUGAUGAAUCCGGCUGAAAGGACGCAACAGGACCUGGAGAUUGUCUACUCGUAUCUCCAUGGGAUGGAGGCCUUGUCGAACCUGCGAGAGCACCAGCUGAGGAUAAUGUGCGAGACUGUGCGUUACGAGAGACAUGAGGCCAAUGAAGUGCUCUACUAUCCUGACGACAUCGGAAGCUGCUGGUACAUCCUGUUGUCUGGCUCCGUCUUCAUCAAGGAGUCCAUGUUCCUGCCCAGAAGCAGUUUUGGGAAGCGAUCAGCAGGCAGCCUGCGACGUGGAUGUGAGUGCAUCGUCCUGGAACCCUCAGAGAUGAUUGUGGUGGACUAUAUGGAUGAAAAUGAGGAGUACUUUCAGCGACAAGCCUCGCACAGACAGUCCCGUCGGCGCUUUCGGAAGAUCAACCAGAAAGGGGAGAGGCAGACAAUCAUCGACACCGUGGAUCCGUACCCCACCGGAAAGCCACCCAUAGCCCGGGGAUACCACACGGAAUGCAAUAAACCUCAGCUCCCCGCAGACUUCAGCAGACUUCACCUGGCCGACGGCUUGCACCCACAGGUGACCCACGUCUCCUCCAGCCACUCAGGAUGUAGUAUCACCAGCGACUCUGGAAGCAGCAGCCUGUCAGACAUUUAUCAGGCCACAGAAAACGAACCAGGUGACAUGGACCUGAGCGGCUUGCCAGAGACCGCCGUUGACUCCGAGGAGGACGACGAUGAGGAGGACAUCGAGCGAGCGUCGGACCCCCUCAUGAGCCGGGACAUCGUGCGGGACUGCCUGGAGAAGGACCCCAUGGACAGGACCGACGACGACAUAGAGCAAUUACUGGAGUUCAUGCAUCAACUGCCAGCGUUUGCCAACAUGACCAUGUCAGUGAGGAGGGAACUCUGCGCCGUCAUGGUCUUCGCUGUGGUCGAACGCGCCGGCACCAUCGUUCUCAAUGAUGGAGAGGAGCUGGACUCGUGGUCGGUGAUCCUGAAUGGUUCGGUGGAGGUGACGUACCCCGAGGGCCGGACAGAGAUCCUGUGCAUGGGGAACAGUUUUGGCGUGUCACCAACCAUGGAGAAGGAAUACAUGAAGGGCGUGAUGAAGACCAAGGUGGACGACUGCCAGUUCGUGUGUAUAGCCCAGCAGGACUACUGCUGCAUCCUCAACCAGGUGGAGAAGAACAUGCAGAAGGUCGAGGAGGAAGGGGAGAUCGUUAUGGUGAAGGAACACCGUGAACUGGACCGCACCGGCACCAGGAAAGGACACAUCGUCAUCAAGGGGACACCGGAGCGUCUCACCAUGCACCUGGUGGAGGAACACUCAGUGGUGGACCCCACCUACAUCGAGGACUUCCUGUUGACAUACAGGACCUUCCUCUCCAGCCCCAUGGUCGUGGGCAAGAAGCUUCUGGAGUGGUUCCACGACCCCAGUCUCAGGGACAAGGUUACACGGGUAGUCUUGCUGUGGGUAAACAAUCACUUCAAUGACUUUGAGGGUGACCCUGCCAUGACUCACUUUCUGGAGGAGUUUGAAAACAAUCUGGAGAAAGAAAAAAUGUGUGGGCACCUCAGACUGUUAAAUAUAGCGUGUGCUGCUAAAGCCAAGCCGCGGCUGGUGACGCUGACCAAGCCGUCCAGGGACUCUCCUCUGGCCUUCAGCCUCCUCGGAGGUCAGGAGAAAGGUUUUCGCAUCUUCAUUGAUGCCGUGGAGCCUGGGAGCAAGGCAGCAGAAGUCGGCCUUAAGCGUGGAGAUCAGAUCUUGGAGGUCAAUGGGCAGAACUUUGAGAAUGUCCAGCUCAGCAAAGCCAACGAGAUUCUGAAGAACAACACCCACUUGUCCAUAACUGUGAAAACAAAUCUUUUAGUGUUUAAAGAGCUGCUAACGAGGCCAGAGCACGACCACGACUUGGACGGUGAGGAGGAACAUGACCGAAAGAACGGCGCACCCCACCUUCCAAAGAUCGGCGACAUCAAGAAGGCCAGCCGCUACUCCAUCCCCGACCUGGCGGUGGACGUGGAGCAGGUGAUGGGCCUGGAGAAGGUCAGCAAGAAAGCGAAGACCAACACGGUGGGAGGACGCAACAAGCUGAAGAAGAUCUUCGACAAGACACUCACCAGCAUCCUGCCUCCUAAACCAUACAAUGACGUUUGCGUGGGCCAAUCGCAGGACGACAGCAUUGUGGGGAUGAAGCAGUCCAAACAGAUCGCACCAGCUCUGCCCGUUAGUGGGAACCUCUCGUCGUCAAACCCAGACCUCCUGCAGUCUCACCACCGCAUCCUCGACUUCAACAACCAGCCUGUCCCAGUCAUACUGAAUAUGUCGGACCAGGUAUUACGAGUCUUCAAAGCAGACCAGCAGUCUCGAUACAUCAUGAUCGGGAAGGACACGACGGCCAAGGAGGUGGUGGCUCAAGCUAUCAGGGAGUUUGCCCUGACUGCUGCACCAGAAGCUUAUUCUCUGUGUGAAGUAUCCGUCACGCCAGAAGGCGUCAUCAAACAGAGGCGGUUACCAGAUCAGCUGUCUAAACUAGCCGACAGGAUUCAACUGAGUGGCAGAUACUACCUAAAGAGCAACAUGGAGACCGAGACGUUAUGUUCAGACGAGGACGCUCAGGACCUCCUGCGAGAGGGCCAGAUCUCUUUGUUACAGCUCAGCACGGUGGAGGUCGCCACUCAGCUCUCCAUGCGGGCCUUUGAACUCUUCUGCGCCAUCGAGCCCACCGAAUACAUCGACGACCUCUUCAAGCUGCGCUCCAAGACGGGCUCGGCCAGCCUGAAGCGCUUUGAGGAGGCCAUCAACCACGAGACCUUCUGGGUGGCCACGGAGGUGACGCGGGAGCCCAACCAGCUCAAACGCAUGAAGACCGUCAAGCACUUCAUCAAGAUCGCGCUGCACUGCCGCGAGUGCAAGAACUUUAACUCCAUGUUCGCCAUCAUCAGUGGUCUGAACCUGGCUCCAGUCUCCAGACUGAGGGGAACAUGGGAGAAGCUACCUAGCAAGUACGAGAAGCUGUUCGGGGACCUGCAGGACCUCUUCGACCCCUCUAGGAAUAUGGCCAAGUACAGGAAUGUCCUCAACAAUCAGAACCUCCAGCCACCAAUCAUCCCCCUGUUCCCCGUCAUCAAGAAGGACCUCACCUUCCUACAUGAAGGCAACGACUCUAAGGUGGACGGCCUGGUCAACUUUGAAAAGCUGAGGAUGAUUGCCAAAGAAAUUCGCCAUGUUGGUCGCAUGGCCUCCGUUAACAUGGACCCAGCCCUGAUGUUCCGGACCAGGAAGAAGAAGUGGAGAAGUUUAGGGUCUCUAAGCCAGGGCAGUGCCAAUGCGGCGGUGCUCGAUGUCACCCAGACAGGCGGGCACAAGAAGAGGGUGCGACGCAGCUCCUUCCUGAACGCCAAAAAGCUUUACGAGGACGCCCAGAUGGCCAGGAAGGUCAAACAGUACCUUUCCAACCUCAGUCUAGAAACAAACGAGGAGAGUCUGCAGACGCUCUCGCUGCAGUGUGAACCCUCCAUCAGCACAUUGCCCAAGAAUGCCGGUGGGAAACGACCAGACACCUCCCCGGUCGUGUCCAGAGCUGCCAGCCAACAGAGGGGCCAGUUGGCCAAAGGUAACCAGGCCCUCCAGGUCCCUGCCGUGGCCCUGUACCCAUCUCGAAAGAAAGUGCCAGUCAAGGACCUGCCACCUUUCGGCACCAGUUCCCCUCAGUCUCUGAAGAAGAUCCUGUCUCUGUCAGAGGAGGGGAACGAAAGGCACCGGAGGCAGCCAGAGGACACUGUGUCCAACGCCUCCUCCCAGCUCUCCUCCCCUCCCACCUCCCCCCAGAGCUCACCCAAGAAGGGUUACAAUAGAAUGGGAGAUGCCUACUCGGACUCCGGUCACAGUGAGAUCUCCUCGCGCUCCAGCCUCGUCAGUAACUCCUCUUUCGACAUGGCCCAGGAGGAGAGGAGACUGCGUCACUCUGGAGGAGUCGGGGAAUCUCACAUCGGAGGACAGCGGCUGGAACGAAGAGCCACAACCGACCCCGACCAGUACAGCCUCGGGUCGUAUUCGUCGAUGCAGGACUGCCGGGGAAUUUACACCGGCUGCCCUACAGUGCUCUCCUCACCCAGUUCAGAGGAGCUGACUCAGGAUCAGGGCGAUCGCGUUUCCCUUGAUGCUGCAGACAGCGGCCGCGGCUCCUGGACUUCCUGCUCCUCUGGAUCCCAUGACAACAUCCAGACCAUGCAGCAGGGACGCAGCUGGGAGACUCUGGCAUUCGGUGGAGGCGGAGGCGGAGGAGUCAUCGGAGGGCUCCCUCCUGGUGGACCUGAGGCCUUAUUAGGGGGGCCCGCUGCACUGUGGGCAGCCCAGGCCAGGGGGAGCUGGGCGUCCGCAAGCUCCUCCUCAUCCUCAGCUGCGUACUGGGGAGAGGACUCUGAGGGAGACACUGGCACCAUUAAGAGGAGAGGAGGGAAGGACGUCAACGCCGACCCAGAAACAAGUAGCAUCACAUCCACCGGGUCAGAGGAGGCCAAGCAGCUCAGCCGGCCCUCCCCAUCACCCAUCACCGCCGGGGGUAAAGGCCUCAUUUCACGGAAAGAAAGUCGUUAUCGUGAGCCUCCCCCAACUCCCCCUGGCUACACUGCCCUGACCAUCUCCGACCUCGCUGAAGGGCAGCACCCAGCCCCGUCUGUUCCCACGUCCACAGCGACCCACUCAGGCCGCCGGCCACCCGACUACACCACGGCUCUGCAGCGCUCACGCAUGGUCACCCAGUCGCCCGACUCCCAGGGGGCCAAACAGCGGGCGGGCGGCCUCCACCGCACGCGCUCACCGGCCGAGGAGCAAGAGGCGGAAGAGGAAGAGGAGGGUGAGUCCUUGUCUUCCAAACUAAUCGCUCUGAGGAAGCCAAAGCCAGUGGCACAGCAUACACCUGAGACUCCCAGACCAUGAGAGUGUGUGUACGGGGGUUAACAGGCAGGGCCCCUCUCCCCAAGGCAGAGGAUGAACAGGUGUCAGCGGUCUGAGGGACAACAGUGGACGUCCUUUCUCAGUAACUUGAAGUCCCCCUGGUUUGGGGUGGGCAGGAUUAAAGAGACUGACAGACAGACAGACAGACCGACCAAUGGACUCAUCAUCAGUUACGUACGUGCCUGCCUCCUCCACUUGGCUCUCCCUCCUGAUUGGUGGAUUCCUCUGCUCGUCUCCCUCCCCUGCCUUAAAGCAUCAUAGGGGGUUGAAUGACCCUGCAUGCAAAAAAAAUACUGUGAAGAAGAGAUGGAGAGAAGGUCAAAGACGAUGACACAACGCCUGGCACUUUGGAAAAAAAAAAGACUACAGAAACCUAACUGUUGCCGGGGGGGUCGACCUGGCCACACACACACACACACACACACACACACACACACACAAAACCACAUAGAUGUUGCUGUUAGAAACCGGCCCCCACCCAGUGACAAACCCCCCAAACCCACCUGUUAACACAACAGCAUCAAGACGUGUUGAGCUUCAGCUGCACUUUGUCAUUUUCUACUUUCUGAAAAACAGAACAAAUGGAAACAAAACGGACCAUCGUUUGAAGACGGAGAGAAACAACGGUUGACUUGACUCUUGAAUUUUCAACUUCCCGCUAGAUUUCAUUUCUUUCUUUCUUUUUAAUGGUCAUUCUCUCUGACUGAUUGCACUCUGGGGGCCGAAAAAAAAAGAAACCAAGUCAGCCCACAUUUCUCUGCCUGGACUGAAACAACCCAUCUGUUGUUGAGUGUUUGAACUCUGAAUCCAGUAUUAUCUCAUGUUUCACAUGUGAAAGUUUAUCAAGUGUUGGUUCAAAUCAAAGCUAGGAGGAGAGCCCAGUCGGGAGAACCAACAUGCACAGUGUACUGACAUACCUACAUGCACACACACACACACACACACACACACACACACACAAAGUACAUUUUGUGUACCAGUACAUACACAGAUUCAUUUCUAAAAAGAAAAAAAUAGCACUUUCAGCACAAUCCUAGAUGUUACCAGACAUUUGGCCUGGAUACCAGGGUAUGAGUGAACCAUAUCUUAUUGUCAUCCCACCUUGGAGCUUGUCUGGUUUUAUCAAAAAGUCUUUUCUUCAUCCUGUCGCUUGCUGUUACAUCGAGAGUGUGUUUCGUUCCUGGCCUGUAGGUGAUAUCAAAAAGCACAGAGGUGAUUGAACGCCCACUGAAAACUAAGCGAGCAUGGACUCCAGCCUGUUGGUCUCUGCAGAGGUACACGAGGUAACUGAAGCUCAGCUGCAGCUGCAGUGGAGAGGAUUUAAAGGUCCAAUGUGCAGGAUUUAGGGGGAUACAGUGGCAGAAAUUAAAUAUAAUAAGUGUGUUUUCUCUAGUGUAGAAUCACCUGAAAAUAAGACCUGUUGGGGUUUUGUUACCUAAGAAUGAGUCAUUUAUAUCUACAUAGGGAGCAGGUCCUCGUCAACGCAGAUCGCCAUGUUGCACCGUCAUGUUUCUACAGUAGCCCAAAACAAAUAAAACCGAACACUGGCUCUAGAUAGGGUCAUUUUCACAUUGGCCACCUUAGUUAGCAGCCCCUCCGCCAUGAAAGUGUCGGGGAAAAAAAAGAAUUGUUUUAACGUGAAACUGCUGUAUUCAGUGUUUUUACUGCUUUAAAUAACUGGGUCUGUUUGUUCUGGAGAGGACGAGACCUCUGCGUAUAAUUCGGCUCCUGGUAUAAACCUCCUGAACAUUGAUCUUAAAUGAUCAGAGAAACAAGGUGAGCAAACAGUAGCAGGUGCUGAGCUCGUGGCCUAUCUCUGACAUGCCAAACAGCAUCAGAGAAACACUGAUUUAAUCACCAGGUCUGUUUGUUUUAGAGAGGAAGAGACCUCUGUGGAUAUUUCGGCUCCUGGUAAAAACCUCCUGAACAAUGAACACUAAAGGAAAUCUAACCGAGAGAAGUUUGAGCUGGUUGCAAUGUGCAAUCCUCACCACUAGAUGCCACUAAAUCCCCCUAAAUCUUACACACUGCUCCUUCAAUCCUGGAGGUUUUGCCCAUUUUUAUAGCUGAUGUUAGGUAAAGUACAAACUGUGAGCGGUCAGCGAGCACUCACUGACACUGGCGUCAGAGACGUUGCCUCUCUUUCCUUUGUUUUAUAUGAAAAGAAUCACAGACCAACCAAGGUGGUAAAUAUCAGCAUAUUUCAGAAGCUGCCAUGUGUAAAUUAACUAUCUACCUUUACAAGUGAUCUUGUACAGAGUCUUAUAAAACACUUUCAAGAUAAAAGUAUCCACAAAUUCUAAAUUGGCUUUUUUUUUUCUUCUCAACCUGAACAUCACACCACAUUUUGUGAAUGUCCAAAGCGCCUUACGAUUCCAUGAUCGCAUACAUUUCUUUGUGUGGUUGUUCCCGACACAAAUCACCUUGUUUCAAGAGCAGUCUUGAUUCAAGCAAUAGCGGAGUGAAAUGCCUUAUUCAAGAUACUUCCCCCCAAGACUUUUUAUUUCAACAUUAAGACUCAGUACAAGAGGAAGCCAAGCAUUUUCUAUGUGUUCUGUUCUCACAUGGCUUCAGACGGCAUCAUCACACUUGUGUUGUUAGAUCUUUUUCGUCUACACACAGAGCGCCCCGCACUCCUCCCUCUGCUGCAUCGACUCAUCCUCUGAAACUCACCUGUUACAGACAUCAGCUCAGUGGAUGCUGUUUGUAAAUCGCUAACGCCUGCAUCCAGUUUUUCCACCAUAUCUCGCCAUCGAUGGAAGUGACUGAAGAUUUUAUUUUUCUCCGACUCCGGUGGGGAAGUUGACGCAUGAAGAAAAUCUUUUUCAAGGCUGCCAAUCAGAACGAUUAGAAAUCCAAUUGUGAAAAGUGACUUUUUGUUUUCUUCUAUCACUGAGUCGCACUGAUCACAUUGAUCAGUCUUGGAAACUACAGACUGAGAAAAAGAUGAAUGAGUGCAGUGUUUUCCACUGUGGUCUGUGACUAUACACUAAUGAUUUCCUGGGUUUCUUUUUGUUAUUGUAUUUUUUUUUUUGUAAUGGCUGCAGAUAGAUUGUUAAUAAUUUGUUUGUAAUACAGUGGUGACAUGCAUCAUUCACUUUCAUUCAACUCUGAAGAUAAUGUGCAUAUUAGCGGGCCGAGACCUAUUUCGAAAACAAAAAGUUGCACAAAAAUGUACAAGCGUAAAGAUAAGUGUAGUAGGUAGAACUGCUACUCCUGUUUGAUGUGUGAUGUCAGUGAGAAAUGUACAUUUAGCUGGUGACGACCUUCUUUUCUUCAUUCUUUCUUGUACUACUUUGACCUGUAUGUCUUUUAAAAAGACAAUUGGUGGAGUACGUAUCAGUUGUUUUUGUAUUUUUAAUACAAUAAUUGUAAAUAUUGGUUAUAUUUUUGUUCAAAUGUACUAUGUUUAUGCCUCAACAUCCAGUUUAUAUGAAGCUGGGAAUCAAUAAAUACUGCAUAAAGAAUCAACACAUAGGUUUAAAUGCACUUAUUCAUUUUUUCUGCAUUUCGAUGUCUUUCUUUUCCGUUUUAGUUUUUUUCCCUUCAGAGGAUUUUCGCCCGGAUACCGUCUAGUGUUUGCACAAGUCAUGGAAGCAACUUGAAAAGUGUAACUCUCAUACUUUUCUAUCUGACCGCAGUGUGUCAGAAUUAAUAAAAAAGAGAUAU